AUGAAUCUGUCGUUGACAAAACAUCUGCAGGAGUUAUCCAACGAUUUACUUGGGUUAUUAGAAAAAUCGGAGGAUUACAAUGUGAUAAUACGUGCCGGUGGCAAUUCCAAUUAUAAAGAAUUCAAGGCUCAUUCCAUACUCUUACGUAUUCGUUCCGGUUAUUUUAGAUCCGCGUUAUCCAGUGAGUUAACGCGAAAAUGCGAGGAACCCGUCGUGUUCAAAAAACCAAACAUACCUUCGGAAAUUUUUGAGAUUAUAUUAAAAUACAUGUACUGUGGGGUUGUUGAACUGGAAAAACUUGAUGGCGCUGAUCUGUUACGAUUAAUGCUGGCAAGCGACGAACUUCAACUUCCAAGUCUAAUAAUACAUGCUCAGGAACACUUGAUCAAGCACCAAUCCGAAUGGAUUAAACAAACUUUGGUACCAAUUCUUCAUAUCGUAUGUCACCGCGGAGCAUUCGAGAAACUUCGUGACUACACACUGAAAUACGUGUGCUCUCACUCAAAAGACAUAUUCGAAUCGAAAGAUUUUACGAGCUUAGAGGAAUCUAUAUUGCUUUAUCUUUUGAAACGUGAGGAUCUGAUCUGGGAAGAAAUUAAGAUUUGGGAACAUGUGAUAAAAUGGGGGAUUGCUAACACAAUGCAAACAAAGUUGCAUGAGGAUGUGAGGAAAUGGACUGACCAGGAUUUUGAAGCUUUGGAGUUCACGCUCCGUCGAAGUAUCCCAUUGAUUCAUUUCGUUGACAUCUCUUCCAGUGACUUCUUUAAUAAAGUGAGGUAUCCUUACCGAAAGUUAUUGCCCAGCGCACUGGAGGAACAGGUGCUUCGUUAUCACUUAGAUCCCGACAGCAGGACGCGUGAUGUGCUCUUGCCAAGGAAUAUUCCUCCGGAGCUUAUAGAAUCCAAUAUAAUUGACAGUCGCCAUACGGCAUUGAUAUCAAACUGGAUUGACAAAAUGGAUUUGAAAUUAAACUUUCAAAGGAAAAAUCCUUAUAAAUUUAAACUGCUAAUAAGGGCGAGUAGAGAUGGAUUCUCGGCAGAAGCAUUCCAUAGUAAGUGUGAUUAUGUGACUCAAACUCUGGUCGUGGCAAAAGUCAAAGGCACAAACCAAGUUGUGGGCGGAUAUAACCCGAUUCAAUGGAAUUACUCCGAGAGCCCAUCACGUGGAAGUAAAUCCUUCAGCAGGUUUGGGUGUACCCAAGACAGUUUUAUCUUUUCUUUCAACGACACGCAUAAUCCCACUAUGGCGCGACUCUCCCGAGUUGUGGAGUCACUAGCAGACGAGUCCAUCUAUUUCUCUGAUAGUUAUGGCCCAUGUUUCGGUCAAAGCGACUUACACAUGGUGGGUAAUUUUUGGAAUUGUCGAAAAGUUUCCUACGAAAAUGAGAUUUUACAAGAACAACCAAGUUUUGUGGCGGAAGAUUAUGAA